AUGGGUUAUGUGCAUGUGGAAAUUUUGGGGAAUGUUCAAUUUACAGGGGAGACUCUGCCGAAAUUUUGGCAGAAAGUCUCGUACCCUAAAUCCUCUCUGGUAAAAGAGGACAUAGUUUUAAGGAGUGAACCCGGCGUGGGUGUGAUGCCGGGGUCUCCGCAGGGUUCGUCUCGGGUUCCGGGAAAUUCGGGGCGGGUCCUGUCAACUAUGUCAAUAUUCUAG